CGAGCUGCGAUAUUGAACUUUCUGCUAAGUUAUUAAGUGAUCGAUUUCAUAAUUCAAUUCACGUAAUAAUUGUUAUAUCAUUGAGUAUUGUUUGUUGUAAUAAAUCGAGGAAGGGUGUGUGAUAUAGUGCUGUACAAUGGGUGAUACAAGAAAGAAGAAAAAGUAUUACUUUCGGAAAAGUAGAAACAAAUACUUUUUAGAACCCGGCUUUAGAGGUUUCUUUUGCACAUGUAACUUUAGAGAGAAGGACUGUGUAAAGGAAAUGUACAAUUUGCUGAAUGAGUACGCCGGUAAAUUAUAUCCAGACGUGGAUAAGGCACCGCCUGUCGUAGCUCCAACGGAUCGUGAUGACCAAUCUGAUAGUGAUUCAGAGAGUGAGACUGACAUUGGAGAUAUCCUCCGGCGCGAAGUGAACUCCAUUAAAAAUAACUCUCAAAAAUCUCUUAGGCACAAACGUUUUCAAGUAGUGGAAACCGGUGCAUCAAAUUGCAUUUUCAUAAAGACUAAUCUACCUUGCCCAGAAGAACUCAGUACAGCUAUAAUCAAAGAUUUGAACGCUACCAAAGUUCAGAAAACGCGGCAUGUGCUGCGCUUCUUGCCUAUUAUGGCUACAUGUAAAGCCAAUUUACCUGAUAUCAUGGAAUGUGCGGGAAAGCUUUUUGAUAAAUACUUCUUAAAGCAGUCUUCGACAUUUGCUGUUAUUUUCAACAAGAGGUUCAAUAGCAGUGUAUCUAGAGAUUUGGUGAUUAAGGAGUUGGCCGAAUUAAUUGUACUAAAAAACUGUAACAACAAGGCAGAUUUGAAAAAUCCUGGACUAUGUAUUAUUGUUGAAAUAAUAAAGGGCAUUUGUUUAUUAAGCAUUGUUGACAAUUAUUAUUCAUACAAGAAGUAUAAUUUACAUGAAAUAUGUAAGGAGGAGGCAAACAAUGACCAUGAGGAAUCACAGGCAAAGAAAUUUAAACCUGAUGUCCCUGAAGAAGAAGUGAAGUGAAUAAAUAACUAAUUUACUUUCCAACAUCUACUGCUAAAUUAUUAUUUUUUAAUCUUCUAGGCUAAGGCAACCUGUGCCCCCUAUAUCAAUAAUUCUUGCACCAAAUGUUUUUCUACUAUGUACUUUUUAAUUAAAUCUUUCACUAAGAUAUUAUAAUAAACAAUAUUGUUUAAUGAGA